UUAGAUGAUUUUUAAAACCCUAAAACCCGGGCAAUUUUGUAUUAUCUCUUCGUUCCCGCUCGAGCUUUCCCAAUCUGCCAUGCUUUGUUCGUUUUCGUAGACAUUGUAAUCUUCGCUUCUAGAGAUUCAGAUCAUCGUAGGGGACUGGAGUCUUAGGGUUUCAUCCUCCUCUGCAAGGUAGGAUGAUGUACGGGGACCAGCAGCAGCACCAGCAGCAGCAGCAGCAGCAACAGCAGCCGCCGCCGCCGCAACCACAACCGCAACAGGGCGGCGAUUUUCUCAGGCCACUUCCCCCAAUGCGACAGCCCUCAGCUUCUUCAACGAAUAUCACAUCUGAUUAUCAAUACUCAUCGGGUUCUAUGCCCUAUGACUCUCAUGGGGACAGUUUUGCUGCCAAAAGAAUUAGAAAGCUUGUUCAGCGGAGAGCUGUUGAUUAUACUAGCACUGUUGUACGAUACACACAGACUCGCAUGUGGCAGCGGGACUCAAGGGACAGGACUGCAUUGCAACCUACACCAGCGGCAGCAAUUGAUAUGUUGCCAACUGUUGCCUAUGCAGAUAAUCCAUCUACAAGCUUUGCUGCAAAAUUUGUCCAUGCGUCAACAAAUAAAAAUAAAUGUCCAAUCAAUCAAGUCUUGUGGACUCCUUCAGGGAGACGUCUCAUCACUGGAUCACAAAGCGGUGAAUUUACACUUUGGAAUGGCCAGUCGUUUAAUUUUGAAAUGAUUCUUCAGGCUCAUGAUCAGGCAAUUAGGUCGAUGGUAUGGAGUCACAAUGAGAACUGGAUGGUCAGUGGAGAUGAUGGGGGCUCAAUAAAGUAUUGGCAAACUAACAUGAAUAAUGUGAAGGCUAAUAAAUCUGCUCAUAGAGAAUCAGUUCGUGACCUGAGCUUUUGUAGGACUGAUUUAAAAUUCUGUUCGUGUUCCGAUGAUACUACUGUUAAAGUUUGGGACUUUGCCCGAUGCCAAGAGGAGCGUUCUCUAUCUGGUCAUGGUUGGGAUGUUAAGAGUGUCGACUGGCACCCAACAAAGUCUUUACUAGUUUCAGGUGGCAAAGACAACCUUGUGAAACUUUGGGAUGCAAAAACAGGAAGAGAACUGUGUUCAUUUCAUGGUCACAAAAAUACUGUUCUUUGUGUCAAAUGGAAUCAGAACGGUAACUGGGUCCUAACUGCUUCAAAGGAUCAAAUUAUCAAGCUCUAUGACAUAAGAGCUAUGAAGGAACUUGAAUCUUUCCGUGGGCAUCGCAAGGAUGUGACUGCUUUGGCUUGGCAUCCGUUUCAUGAAGAAUAUUUUGUGAGUGGGAGUUAUGAUGGAUCCAUCUUUCAUUGGCUUGUCGGGCAUGAAACGCCCCAGGUUGAAAUACCCGGUGCACAUGAAAAUAGUGUCUGGGACCUUGCUUGGCAUCCCAUAGGCUAUAUCCUUUGCAGUGGUAGCAAUGAUCACACAACAAGGUUUUGGUGUAGAAAUAGACCAGGAGAUCCUCCCCGUGAUAAAUAUAACAUGGGAUAUGGCCAAGGUUAUGGUGAUCAAAACCCUGCUUUUGCUGGCCGAGCAGUUGGUAAUUUCGCAGUACCUGAAGGCCCAAGUACUCCAGGACCAUUUGCUGCUGGACUGCCUCGAAAUGAAGGAAAUAUUCCUGGGGUCGGGAUUGCAAUGCCAUUAUCCAUCCCAUCUCUUGACACAACUGAUCAAGGAGAGCAGAAGCAGCCUUUUCCAGUUUCUUUGCCUGCUGGGGCUCCUCCUCUCCCACCAGGUCCUCAUCCAUCACUUUUAGCCUCCAGUCAACAAGCAUAUCAACAAAUUCCUCAACAGAUUCCACCACAACUGCAACACCAAGGACUCCAACAGCAAAUGGGCUCAUUGCCACCACCACCACUAAAUUUAUCACAGCUGCAGCCUCCACUACAUCUGCCUCUGCUUCCCCAUCCUCAUUUACCUCGCCCUCCCUCAGGUCAGCCACCCCUUGGCAUGGGUUCUACGAUCCCAUCUUCAAUGCCUGGAUCUAUGCCCUUACCCUCAUCAAUGGGUGCAUCACUUCCACUGUCAAUGGCUGGUCCAAUGGGGAUGCAGGGUUCAGCUAAUCAGAUGGCCCCUCCAUUGCCACAAGGUCACAUUAUGGGUCUGAAUCCAAUGCAUUCUGGCUCCAUUCCUACCAAUGGUAUACCACCUCCAAUUGGUAGUUUUGCAAAUGGGAUGACAAAUAUUCAAGGUCCAUCCAAUGCCAGUGGGGCUCAAAUGUAUCCAAUGGGAGGUGCAUUCAACCGGAAUCAAGCUGGACAGUUGCCUAUGGUUCCAGGACUUAAUGCUUAUCAGUCUGGUAGUUCAACUGGCUUGGGGUUGCUGGGGCCAAACGUUGGUCUUCCCUCUGGUCUCCCUCCUCCACCCCCACAUGGUUCAACACCUCAAUAAGCUGUUUGUUUAUGAUCUGUACUAGUUCGUCGAGAAUCCUGUUGCAUCAUCAGAUUUUACAAUCUGCGAGAAGAAAGGAAAAAAAGGCACCACUUUCUUUAAUGUAUUCACAAAGGGAAAGAAGAAAGAAUAAGGAGCGAAUCUGCAAUUCAUGUUAUUCGGUUCACUUCUCUUUGGUGCGUAUGGGUGUCAGGAUUGUAUUUCACAUGGCUUCGGUUUAGAAGUGGGAAAUUUAGGUUGGGUUUCUUUCCCAUGAGUUUGGAGGCUUCUUGUAGAGCAUCUUGUCCAUAUUUACAAAUGAAAUGUUCUUUAGAAUAUUUUUAAUAUAAUUCUUAUUUUUCUCUA